GAAACUUUGGAGUUCAUUGUACUCCGUAAUUCAUUUCCAAUGCAAAUUAUCGACUGGGCCGGCCUGCUACUGGUCGCAUGUGGGACUGCUGUAGCAGCCGAAUUGCCGAUUGUGGACCUGGGCUAUCAGCGGCACCAAGCCAUCGGCUUCAACUCAACCGGUCGCUAUUACCAAUUCUCCAAUAUCCGCUAUGCCGAACCCCCGUUGGGCCCCUUGCGGUUCGCGCUGCCAGUUCCCCCACGCAAUCGUACCAACGAGGUUGUCAAUGGAAAGGGACUUGGUAAUAUCUGUCCCCAGUCUCAGGCUUGUUGGUUCAAUGUGCAAAGCCAAUUUGUCAGUGCCGUGACCGAGAGGUCUACGUUUAAUUUCACCGCCGCAUAUGACCAGGUCUAUCAACAGGAUGGCUGCACCAAGCCGCGGCCCGUCGCAGACCAGAAUCCACUGGAGUCAGAAGAUUGCCUGUUUCUUGAUGUGUACGUCCCGGAAAAAGUGAUAUCCAAACAACGAGACCGAAAAGCAAAACCGAAUCCUGGUGCGCCCGUGUUGGUCUACUUCCAGGAUGGAGCCUAUGUUUCCGGGUCAAAGUCAGACCAGAAUCCCUCCGGCUUGAUCGCAACUAGUAAGGAAGAUGGGUCCUCCGGUAUAAUCUAUGUUGGAGUCAAUUAUCGAUGCACAUUCGUCUCCUGCUCUUUCAGCGGCUUAUACGGGAAUGGUGUCGACCAGCUGGGCGCAUUUGGAUGGCUGUCAGGUCAGAAGUUUCGGUCGGCAGGGGGAGUACCUAACGCCGGGCUGUAUGAUGAACGGCUGGCACUGGAAUGGGUACAACGGCAUAUCGCGAAGUUCGGUGGUGAUCCCUCGCGCGUCACCGUCAUGGGCGUCUCGGCCGGUGGUGGCUCGAUCACGAUGCAACUGACGGCCUACGGACGCGCCAUUCGCCCCCCGUUCGCCCAAAUUAUUGCGCAGAGCCCGGCCUGGGAACCGGGCACGAAGACACCUGCUAUCGAGGAUGACCUGUUGGAUAGAUUCCUGACAUUGUUGAACGUCAGCAGCGUGGAAGAGGCCCGGCGUCUGCCGUCCCAGGCCUUGCUAGAUGCCAACUAUGAGUUGGUGGCAUCCCGUCCGUAUGGGUCUGGCGUGUUUGGACCAGCUAUUGAUGGUGACUUUGUGCCCGAUAGUCCUAAGCGACUCCUGCUCGAGCGCAAAGUCGAUCCCUCUGUGCGAAUCCUCACCUCGUAUACCGCUAAUGAAGGCUUCAUGUUGGCCCCGGCCAAUGUAACCAGCGACGCCACCUUCAACAGAUAUGUGGAUGUGCUGGUCCAUAGUGCCAAUGCCAGCGUACGCGCUCACGUCGCCCAGGUGCUCUACCCACCCAUUUUUAAUGGCAGCUGGCCCUAUCGCAGUCAACACGAACGGGCGAAUCUACUCUGGUCCGAGCUCUCCACCACCUGCAACACCCGAUAUUUACACAGAGCCGUCGCAACGCCAGGGUAUGCAAUUGAGUACGCUGUGGCGCCCGCGAUGCAUCUCUCGGACACCUCGUCUGUCUUCUACAAUGGACAGGGCUCUGACUCGUCGCUCAAUGCCACCAUCGCGCAACUCAUGCAGCGGCAGAUCGUGCAGUUUGUCAAGACGGGGAAUCCAAAUUCCAAAGGAGAUCCCCAUGUCCCUCUCUACCACGAAAAAGCCCAUGUGCUUUCUCUGGGAGAUGAUGGGGUUCGCGUAAAACUGGCCUUGACCAAUACAGACCGGUGUGCGUACUGGGAACAGGUCGACUUUUGAUGAACUAAGUAGGAGAACGGAACCGUUUUCUUGCUACAGUUAUGCUGGAGCGCAUUUCAGCUCGAAUUAAUGAUGAUUUGUAUCCCUAUCAUAAACACAUGUCUAGUAGAGACCAAUCAUCAUUCAAAUAUGCCAUUGACAAAACCUGGUUACUUUCGCCAGCGUACAUAGUGUUGAGAAUUGCAGGUGAUCCUCACUAAUUACACGGAGUUAAGGGUUGUUUCAACACUAUCCCUAAUUGGUUCUUCCGUAUAGCAGAAGCAGAUCUAGACCAUCACUGGAAUGCAAGCUCAGCGCUCCCGAUGCAGUUUGAUUUCCCUUAUGCGGUUUCUUUUAUAAAUCGCGCCACAUGGAAAGGUUGCAUUCCAAUCUAGCCUGUAUCCAGUCCUUUUCACCGGCGAAUCCGUCACUUGUAUUACAAAUGGGAUUAGUUAAGUCAUCUGUUUCUACAUGUUUCCAUAGAGAAUAAGGGGUUAUGUAUAGGGAUAGAAGGUAAUCCAUGAAUAUAGAAUCAUUUCCACAACCG